UGUCCCCUUCCCUCACCCCUACUCGAAACAAUGUAUUGCGCAGGUACAGGAGCCAGGUGGUGCGGCUCAGGUGUGAGAUCACCGGCAACCCGAUCCCUAAUUACACCUGGUACAAAAAUGACCAGCCCUUGACCAACACGGACAACAAACGGGUCAAUGCCAAGGCCACAACCUGGGGUUCAAGGCUGAAGAUCUCUGACCUUGAACCCGGGGACUCAGGGUCAUACACGUGCAAGGCCUCCAAUCAGUUUGGCAAAGAGGAGACAACUGGUGUUUUGACCGUCUUAAAUG